UGAUAUUUGACAGGCUGCGCGCGGGCGAGCUGCCGCGGAGUACCCAGCUGCCGCGGAGCGCCCAGCAGGGGCUGACAGCAUGGCCUCGCCCGACCCGCCCGUCACCAGCUAUGCCCCGUCCGACGUGCCCUCGGGGGUCGCGCUGUUCCUCACCAUCCCUUUCGCCUUCUUCCUGCCCGAGCUGAUAUUUGGGUUCUUGGUCUGGACCAUGGUAGCCGCCACCCACAUAGUAUACCCCUUGCUGCAAGGAUGGGUGAUGUAUGUCUCGCUCACCUCGUUUCUCAUCUCCUUGAUGUUCCUGUUGUCUUACUUGUUUGGAUUUUACAAAAGAUUUGGAUCCUGGAGAGUUCUGGACAGCCUGUACCACGGGACCACUGGCAUCCUGUACAUGAGCGCUGCCGUCCUACAAGUACAUGCCACGAUUGUUUCUGAGAAACUGCUGGACCCAAGAAUUUACUACAUUAAUUCGGCAGCCUCGUUCUUCGCCUUCAUCGCCACGCUGCUCUACAUUCUCCAUGCCUUCAGCAUCUAUUACCACUGAUGCACAGGUGCCAGGCCAAGGGGGAAAUGCUCUUUGAAAGCUCCGAUUAUUGGUCCCCAAAAGCAGCUUCCAACGUUUGCCAUCUGGAUGAUAAACGGAAGAUCCACUAAAACGUCCACGGGAUUAACAGAACGUCCUUGCAGACUGAGCGAUGACACCACACUUUGUUUGGACAUUUAAAUUCACUCUGCUGAAUAGGAGGAAGCUUUUCUUUUUCCUGGGAAAACAACUGUCUCUUGGAAUUAUCUGACCAUGAACUUGCUCUUCUAGACAACUCACAUCAAAGCCCUCACUCCACUAAUGGAGCAUCCUAGCCCCACUAAUGCCAAGUCUGUUUGGGGAUUUUGCCUCAGCUAUGGGCUUCCCUAGAGUAGGUCCAGGGGAAUACUCAGUCUGAUUCUCUCUCUCUUUUUUUUUUUUUUUGAGACGGAGUCUCGCUCUUCCUCCAAGGCUGGAGUGCAGUGGCGCAAUCUCCACUCACUGUAAGCUCCGCCUCCCGGGUUCCCGCCAUUUUCCUGCCUCAGCCUCCCGAGUAGCUGAGACUACAGGCACCCACCACCAUGCCCGGCUAAUUUUGUUGUAUUUUUAGUAGAGAUGGGGUUUCACCGUAUUAGCCAGGAUGGUCUCGAUCUCCUGACCUCGUAAUCCUCCCACCUCGGCCUCCCAAAGUGCUGGGAUUACAGGCGUGAGCCACCGUGCCCGGCCUGAUUCUCUUAAAAUUGAAGAGGUGCUGCCAAGGCCUUCAGAUCUAACGCAGAUGCAUAGACCUUGUUCCUGGUACUUGUUCAGCCUGUGCUGGGGAGCCGUGGUCCCGAGUUCCCUGGGAGGCUGACAGGGUCAAGCCACCCUGCCCACCACCCUCCCACUUCCCCUCCCCUUUCCUCUCCAGCAUUAGGAUUCAAGGGAAAUCUGCAUGAAGCCAAUUUUGAGGGUAGAUGUGUGGGGAAAAUAAAUCAUUAUACAGUAAGUCCUGGGGCUUGAGGGGUGGGGAAUGGGGAGGGAAGGGCAUAGUCUGCUCCUUCAUGAGUCUGACAUCUCGGAAACUGAGCAGCUGCCGGACGCCUGGGUCAGGAAUCCAAGACCCCACCUCUUAAGGACUGGUUCCUCAGAAAACACCCUCAGGGAAAAAGGUGAAAACAUUACAUCC